UAAACAAUAUUUAAUAUAGUUUGUUUAUAAAAGAUGGAAGCAGUAAAAAAAGCGAAAGAACGAUUUAGAAAAUAUCCAAUUCUAGUUGCACAGUGUCACGAAUCUGGUGCUAAAUAUGCUGCGUGUGUAUUGGCAAAAUCUAACUUGAACAAACAUGAUUGUGACAGUGAAUUUAAGGAGUUUAAAGCUUGUCUGAUGAAAGCUGCUGUAAAAAACAAUACAAGAUUAUAAAAAGUGGUCUUGUAUUAAAUGGAACAGAGACUUUAUGUUUAAUUGGUAGAUUUUAUAAAAAGUAUAUUUUGCUUUUUAAAAUGGCUAAGCUAUCACUUAA